UGCCAUAAUGCAGAGAGUGAUACUGGGUGUAGAGAAAGACGUACUGCAGGAAAAAAAGUUUUAGAUCAGACCACCCUUUAUUGGUCUGCAAACCUAACAUAGUGUUUCAGCAAAUCAUGCAUAAUAAAUCACAAACUCAUUCGCACCUACAAUAACCGAGCAGAAUGAAUAGGCAAGGCUAGAACUUUACAUUCUAUCUUCUCUGUAAACAAACACCAGGCACGCAGCACGUAAAUGGAACACAACAAAGAUCACUGUCAUUCAGUUUGUUUGGCGGGAAGUUCAUAAAUAGUGAAAGUCAAAAGACACAAGACAAGGCAAAAAAUCACAGCCAGGUGGGGUGCUAACUACAUAAAAAUGGCAUGUGAACAGCGCUUGCGGACGGUUAACCAGGAAACUCUGCUUCUACCUAGUGUAGUCGUCACUGAGCAGCAGUCUCUGGUCCUUGUAAAGAAAUUGCUGGCCAUUGCUGUGUCUACCAUCACAUAUCUCAGAGGCCUCUUUCCAGAGAAAGCCUAUGGCAGUAAAUAUGUGGAAGAACAGAAGGUGAGGAUACUAAGGGAUGAGCGCAGCUGUCCAGGGGCUAAAGAAAUAGUUGGGUGGAUGCAUGGGUGCUUUGAUGCUCUUCAGAAAAAAUAUCUCCGUACAGUUCGUCUGUCAAUUUACACUGAUCCAGAGAAUCCACAGAAAGUUACAGAGUGCUACCAGUUCAAAAUCCAGUACAAUGAAGAGGGUCCUCGGAUGGAUUUUGAAAGCAGCAACAGCAAUAAGAGAGUCUCAAAGAUGUCAUGCAGCAACACCAAGAAGGCCAGCAUCCUUCUGGUGCGCAAGCUUUACACCCUAAUGCAGUACCUGGGACCACUACCCGAAAGUGUCUGUCUCAGUAUGACCCUCUCAUACUAUGACGAUGUCACUCCUCAGGAGUACCAGCCACCAGGGUUCAAAGAGGGCACCAGUGAUAGCAUAACGUUCGAGAAGGAGGGUGUGAAGUUGACCAUGGGCGAGGUGGUCACUCCCUUCCACACCCUAAAGGUGGAUGUGACCACAGAGAGGGAUCGCCUGGAACAGAUAGAUGAUCUUGAUCCCUUGGAUGCCAGAGAGAAACCGGCUGUAAAGAUGUCAGACGAGGAGGAGAUAGAGGAAGAGAUCGUGUCCAGGUCCAAUGUUGCUCUGCAGAGUAACAUGCUAAAUGAUGUAGAAAUGGCUGAUACUGAAAUAACCUUUAAGAAUUCAGUUGAAGAGGUCUCUUACCGAAGGAAAAAGAAACCAAGCAAGGAGGAACUUGACAAUUCUCAGAUGGAGUCUGUGGUGACGAGAACAACAAAAGUGGAGGGGACCGAGAGAAGGACCAGGAGUGGCCGCGUCAUAAAGUCUACAACGGAGACAAAUGCAGAUACCACUGAGCCACCGAAGGAAAAGACAAAAAAAAUGAAACCAGCCAACAACAAAGAGCUGUCCCAAAUGGACUUCCCUCUGAGUCAAGACCCUCAACCAAGUCAUCCCCAAAAAAGGAAGUUUAGUCAACCAAAAGAGUACUUCUAAGACAAUGUGUGGAGGGAGGGGUAUUUCUGUUUAGUUUCCUUGUAAACAGGUAAUGACGUGAAUUUUGAAAGAAUGUUGAAAUAUGGAAAGAGAAC